GAUCACCCCUAACCCCAGGCACGGGCAUAAGCUGGAUCAAAUUAAUUAUACAGGACCAAAGAGGCACAAGGACCCGUGUAGGAGCUUCGGAGAAAUUCUACAGCUUCGUUUCGCGGCAAUAGACCAGGAAUCAAAUGUCGGUCACUCUGCAUACCAACCUCGGCGAUAUCAAGUGCGAGAUCUUUUGCGACGAGGUGCCCAAGGCCUCCGAGAAUUUUUUAGCACUUUGUGCAAGUGGCUAUUAUGAUGGGACAAUUUUUCACCGCAAUAUCAAAGGUUUUAUGAUUCAAGGUGGAGACCCAACUGGUACUGGCAAAGGGGGCACCAGUAUAUGGGGAAAGAAAUUUAACGAUGAGAUUAGAGAAUCUCUUAAGCACAAUGCUAGGGGGAUAUUGUCAAUGGCUAAUAGUGGUCCAAACACUAAUGGAAGCCAAUUCUUCAUAACGUAUGCAAAGCAGCCACAUUUGAAUGGACUGUAUACGGUGUUUGGCAAAGUAAUUCAUGGAUUUGAAGUUCUUGAUCUGAUGGAAAAGACUCAAACGGGCCCAGGGGAUCGUCCUCUUGCAGAGAUAAGGCUGAACCGAGUUACAAUACAUGCUAAUCCGCUUGCUGGUUAGACAUAACUCUGCAGAUCUGCAUUUUGUAAAAUUUAAUGAACUAUUUCCAAAACCUAAUCUAACAAAUUGAUACUGAAAACGGGAACCUAGAAUUCAAUGAGUGCUGUUUUUACCGUCAGCUGUUGUGGAUAAUCCUUUUGAUGAGAUGUACAAAAUGAAUCUCUACAGCCUAGACAGUGAUGGAGGGAGAGGGGACGGCCCUAUGAAGUUUACGAAUUUUUCUUUGUUUGUAUUACUGUUACAUAAUCCCAUCAUCCUCGUACCCGGCUGUGGGAGAUUUAUGCAGGCUUUAUACUUUAUAUAUUCUGACUCUAGAGGUUCUAGGGUUGAGAGCUAUGACACUGCAUGUUCAUGGCUUAUGAUAAAUGGGUUGGAUCCAGAUUGUUGGCCAGUUUAGUUAUACAUUUUACAUUCCAUUGAAAAUUUUGCAUGAUUUCUUCCCUCACUGAAA